AUGACUACGUUUGAUGUCAAAUUUCUCGAUGGCCAUAUUAUUGUUGGUAUAAACAAGUUCGAAUACAUCGUUGACACUGGUUCUCCAGUUUCAUUUGGGCGUGCCACAACUAUUUGCAUCAAUGGAAAAAGUUUUCCGAUAUUCGAUGGUGGUCUACAUGGAAUAACGGCUGAUUCCAUUAGCACACUUAGCGGACUGCAAGUAGAUGGGCUUAUUGGUAUGAACAUUCUCGCUAAUUUUGAUAUUCAAUUUACCCGAAAACAAAUAACGUUCUCGAACUCACCUUUGUUCCAAACAGACAAGGCGAUUACAGUGCCUAUUGUGGCCGCUGUGAUGGGUAUACCGAUUAUACUCUUGAGUAUUGCACAGAAAAAUCGAAGAAUCUUUUUUGAUACUGGUGCAAAGCUGUCAUAUUUAAGUGAUGAUCUUCUUGUCGGCAAUUCGAUUGGUGAGGUCGACGAUUUUUAUCCGUCGAUAGGUGCUUAUAAAACAAAAGUUUACAAAAUUGACGUCGCCAUCAAUGGAAAAGUAGAGUCGUUAAUAUUCGGCUCAUUACCAUCUUCCCUUCGAAUUUUAUUACAACUGGGCCAAACCGAAGGAAUUAUUGGAACUGAAUUAUUAACUAAAUAUUAUGUCACUCUUUCUAACUUGAACAAAACCUUGAUAUUAGAACCAUUGGACGAAGAAGAAUCGUUCGAUUGA